AUGGCUGCUGUCAUCUCAGAUAGUCCUCCAAAUCCAAGCUGCAAAAUCAUGACUUUUAGACCUUCAAUGGAUGAAUUCAGGGAGUUCAACAAAUACUUGGCAUACAUGGAAUCACAAGGUGCUCAUAGGGCUGGAGUUGCAAAGGUUAUCCCACCGAAGGAGUGGAAGCCAAGAAAACAUUAUAAUGAUAUUGAAGAUCUGGUGAUUCCUGCUCCAAUUCAGCAGAUGGUCACUGGCCAGUCAGGGCUCUUCACACAGUACAACAUUCAGAAAAAGCCAAUGACAGUGAAGGAGUUCAAGCAGCUGGCCAACAGUGACAAAUACUGCACACCGAGAUACGUAGAUUAUGAAGAUCUGGAGCGUAAAUACUGGAAGAACUUGACUUUUGUGGCACCAAUUUAUGGAGCAGAUAUCAAUGGGAGCAUUUAUGAUGAAGGUAUUGAGGAAUGGAAUAUUGCCCAUCUUAAUACAAUAUUGGAUGUUGUAGGAGAAGACUGUGGAAUUUCUAUUGAGGGUGUAAAUACACCAUAUCUAUAUUUUGGCAUGUGGAAAACAACAUUUGCAUGGCACACUGAAGACAUGGAUCUCUACAGUAUUAAUUAUCUCCAUUUUGGGGAGCCAAAGUCAUGGUAUGCUAUUCCUCCAGAGCAUGGGAAACGACUUGAAAGACUAGCUCAAGGGUUCUUCCCAAGCAGUUCUCAGGGAUGUGAUGCUUUUCUUCGCCACAAGAUGACUCUGAUAUCUCCAUCAAUAUUGAAAAAAUAUGGAAUUCCUUUUGACAAGGUUACACAAGAGGCAGGAGAAUUUAUCAUUACUUUCCCAUAUGGAUACCAUGCAGGAUUUAACCAUGGUUUUAACUGUGCAGAGUCAACAAACUUUGCCACCAUCCGAUGGAUUGAUUAUGGAAAAGCAGCAAAGUUGUGCACUUGUAGGAGGGACAUGGUGACAAUAUCCAUGGACAUCUUUGUGAGGAAGUUUCAACCAGACAGAUACCAGCUGUGGAAACAAGGGAAGGAUUUAUAUACCAUUGAUCAUACAAAACCAACUCCUGAAUCGACACCUGAAGUAAAGAUGUGGCUACAGAGGAGAAAGAAAAUAAAGAACAUUCCCAAGUGCUUCCAGCACACCAGAUCCCGAUCUAAAAAGCUUAAAACUCCAGAGGACAAGAGAGUAUCUGCUAUGGAAGCUGGUGCAGAAAUCAUAACGACUGAAGCAGCUAGUGAUGGCUUCAAGGUCAAUGAAGAACCUGGAGAAAAAAUGAGACUGGUAAACACAGGAGUGCCUUCUGGGGAAGAAGAAAACAGUAGUAGAAUGCAGCUGGAUCAACAUGUAUUGGAUAAUGUCAAGGUUGCAGGAAGCAUCCAUUCAGACUCAUUUUCGAGCCCUGUUCCUGCACUAGAGAAAACAAAAAUGGAAGAUGAGGACAGGACAGAUUCCCAACAUUCUCUCUUUACAUGUGAAGAUUCGGUGGCCCGUGUGCUCGCUUCUGAUAGCUGUAGAAAAGAAGAGAGUUUGAAAUCUCAGAAUCAGUCUGUUUCAUCCGUACCAUACCAUAAGUCAGAGGGACAUGCUUCUGAAGCAGAAAACACAAAUAAAGAGGAAAAUGUCUUGAUAGAGGGUGAUGUCAGCAACCUAGAAAGCUGUGGAGAUAGCUUGGAACACGGAGAAGUCCCCAUUGUAAAAAAGGAUGAAGAGGAUGGCAUGGAAACAUCCAGUUCAGUGGAAGUUGAAAGAAAGAAAAUAUCUAAGAGUUGGCGUCAUCCACUAAAUAAACCCCCAGCUAGAUCUCCAAUGACUUUGGUUAAACAGCAAGCAACUGAUGAAGAACUGCCUGAGACUACCUUAAUUGAAGAGGAAGUUCAAGAGUCAGAGACAUGGGCCAGGCCUCUGGUCUACCUUUGGCAGACAAGAGUACCUAAUUUCAAUGCUGAAAAAGACUACAAUGCAGCUUGUGCAAAAAAGGAACCGCACUGUGCCAUUUGCACUCUCCUCAUGCCAUACUACAAGCCAGACAAUCAUGAUGAAGAAAGUCCUACUUUCGGGGAAGCAAACUCAGCAGAAACAUUGAUGGCUGAAAAUGAAAAGACUAAACCUCUUAUUCCAGAGAUGUGUUUUAUUUAUAGUGAAGAAAACACUGAAAACUAUCCAUCAAAUGCCUUUAUCGAAGAAGAUGGAACAAGUCUUCUGAUUUCCUGUGCAAAGUGUUCUGUACGGGUUCAUGCAAGUUGCUACGGUGUUCCCUCUUACAAAAUCCAUAAUGAAUGGUUGUGUUCUCGAUGCAGCAAAGAAGCCUGGACAGCUGAAUGUUGUCUCUGCAAUUUGAGAGGUGGUGCAUUAAAGCAAACUACUGACAAGAAGUGGGCACAUGUAAUAUGUGCAAUUGCUAUCCCAGAAGUCAGAUUUGUUAAUGUCACAGAACGCACACCGAUAGACACUAGCAGAAUACCUUUGCAAAGAUUAAAAUUGAAAUGUAUCUUCUGCAGACAGAGAAUUAAGAAAAUCUCUGGUGCCUGCAUUCAGUGUUCAUAUGGAUGCUGCCCAGCCUCCUUCCAUGUUACCUGUGCCCAUGCUGCAGGAGUGCUGAUGGAACCUGAUGAUUGGCCGUAUGUUGUCUACAUCACAUGUUUCAGGCACAAGGUUAACCAAAACGCGAGAGCUAAAGCAUGCGAGAAGGCCAUUACAGUUGGGCAGACGGUCAUCACAAAACAUAGGAAUACACGAUACUAUAGUUGCAGAGUCAUAGGAGUGACAUCUCAACUUUUCUACGAAGUUGUGUUUGAUGAUGGCUCUUUCAGUCUGGAUACUUUUCCUGAAGACAUUGUAAGCAGAGAUUGCCUAAGGCUGGGCCCACCUGCGGAGGGAGAGGUUGUCCAAGUGAAGUGGCCUGAUGGAAAACUGUAUGGUGCAAAGUACCUGGGAACAAACACAGCUCACAUGUAUCAGGUUGAGUUUGAAGAUGGUUCUCAAAUAGUAAUGAAGAGAGAAGAGAUCUAUACACUGGAUGAAGAGCUUCCUAAGAGAGUAAAAGCACGGUUUUCUACAGCCUCUGACAUGAGAUUUGAAGACACAUUUUGUGGAGCAGACGUUAUCCUGGGAGAGAAGAAGAGGCAGAGAGUACUGAGUUCACGCUUUAGGAAUGAAUAUGUGGAUGAUCCAGGAUACCGCACCUUCUUAAAAAGCUCAUUCCAGAAGAAAUGUCAGAAGGGGCUAUAA